CCGGCCCCGAGUCCCCCAGCGAGCGCCCACGCAUGCAGAUGCCGUGUCUGAGCAAGAUGGAGCGGGUGGUCGUGAGCAUGCAGGACCCGGACCAGGGCGUGAAGACUCGCAGCCAGCGCCUGCUCAUCACCGUCAUCCCGCACGCAGUGACGGGAAGCGACGUGGUUGCAUGGCUGACCCAGAAGUUCUGCAUCUCUGAGGAGGAGGCCCUGCACCUGGGCAAGUUCCUGCUGCAGCUGGGUUACAUGUACGCGCUGCGCACGCCCCACAGCCUGGUGCUCCAGCCAGACAUGGCCUACAGAUUCCAGACACCCUACUUCUGGACGAGCACACUGUGGCCAGCUGCAGAGCUGGACUAUGCCAUCUACUUGGCCAAGAAGAACAUGCAGACGCGGGGGGCCCUGGCCAGCCAUGAGAAGGAGCUCUACGGCCAGCUGCCCAGGAGGAUUAGCCACGCGUGGGACCUGGUGCUGAUGCAGGCCCGGGAGCAGCUGCGGGCAGCAAAACUGCGCAGGAAAGGGGACAGGCUGGUGAUGGCAUGCCAGGAGCGGAGGUACUGGCUGGUGAACAGGCCUCCGCCAGGGGCUCCCUGCGUGCUGGAGCAGGGCCCAGAACGGGGCUCCCGCAUGGCCAGCCGGGUGCAGAAGAACACGGAGUUCUAUAAGCGGGAGAUUGAGUGCUACAGAAAGGCUCUGCUUAGGACCCGGGCGAAGUCCUCUGUCUGCCUCGAGGCGCACCUGAAGUUCUGCAGCCAGCAUGGGCCACACGACCCCGUCAUGUCCGGGUGCCUGCCCAGUAACCCCUGGGUCACAGACGACGUCGCCUACUGGGUCACGAAUGCACCCCUGGCGUCUGCACCCACCAGGCUCCGCGUGGAGCGGUGGGGCCUCAGCUUCCAGGAGCUCCUGGGAGACCCCGUGGGGCGGGCCAGGUUCCUGGACUUCCUCGGGAAGGAGUUCAGCGCUGAGAAUCUGAGCUUCUGGGAGGCCUGUGAGCAGCUGCGCUAUGGAGAGGAGGCCCAGGUGCCCGCCCUGGUGGACGCUGUGUACCAGCAGUUCCUGGCCCCUGGCGCUGCCCGCUGGGUCAACAUUGACAGCCGGACGAUGGAGCGGACCCUGGAGGGGCUGUGCCGGCCCCACCGCUACGUCCUGGACGACGCCCAGCUACACAUCUACGUGCUCAUGAAGAAGGACUCCUACCCGAGGUUCCUGAAGUCCGACCUGUACAAGGGCCUGCUCGAAGAGGCCGCGGCCCCACAGGAGACGAAGCGCCGGGUGUUCCCGUUCGUGCGGAAGCCAUGGCACUCGAGCCCCAGCCCCGCUCUCCUCCCUGCCUCUAGUGAGGCUCCAGAAGCCGGCAGUCCUGGGGGUGGCGACGGGGAGUCCCAGUGAGCCGGGCCUGUCCCCGACCCCCAGCUCGUGCUAGCAGCAGUCGUCCUCCUGUCGGCCCAGAGCCUCGCUGCCUCCCCGGAGCCCCCAGAUGGUGGGGAAGACAGGGCAGGCCUCUGGGAGGCCUGGCUCAGCUGGGCCCCACCGCACCCAGGGCUGGCCUGCAUGUGCUCCCCCUGCUCCCAACACAGCAAUAAAGACCUCGGCCCUCAGUCUGAGUCCACCCUGCUUGGGUCCAGCUCAUGGAGUGAGUGUGCACAUGUGCCACGAUGCCUGCAUGGUCUGUGCACACGUGGUGUGGCGUGCACACGUGGAGUGGUGUGCACGUGGAGUGUGACCGUCAGGGAGCGGUCCAGGUGUACAGGAUGAAGCCUCCAGGACCCUGGGUGUGGAGUUGACAGGCCUCGGACUGCACUGGCUUUGGCUGUGCUGUCUGUGGCAGGGGACGGGUGCUGUCCACUCAGGAGGCCCACACUGGACAUGGUGCAAGGGAGCAGAGGGCUGCAGCUUGAACCAGCCUGUCCUGAUGCAGUUGUGCCCAGCUUGCUCUAACCUCAGAGCCACCAAGGCCGCAGGGCUACAAGCCCAGGGGUGCGGCUGCCUGGAGGGAGGAGAAGAGGGAGGAGGGCCUUCACCCCAGCACAGGCACCCCCUUCCUAACCCACCACACGCCGGUGCUCACGGUCCUGCACCUCCCUCGGCAGCCGCUAGGGGCGUGGUGGUUCCCGUGACCUGCAAGGCAGCCAGCCUCCCGAGGGGCUUUGGGCCCCUGUGCUGGGGGCCGGGCAGACUUUGCCAACACCCACACACUCCGGCCCUGACUUGGGCUCUGGGAAGCUAAGGAGCGCCACCUCCUGUCCUCACUCACGGGGCCUGCCCUCAGGGUCAUAAGGGCAGAGUUACUUCCCUCAGGGACAGCUGCGUCCUGAGCCAGGGGCGCUUGGCCACUCAAUCCCAUCCCUGUGGGUUCUCCCAGGACGCCCACUGGGAAUGCCUGCAGGGCUCACUCCAGCAACCGCCCUCAUCUCUGCCCCCAAAGCUGCAUCUCCUGAGCUCCACCUGGGUUCUUCCUGCCUGCCAGAGACACCAGACCCUGGUCACAGUCCCUGCCAGCGCAGAGGACAGAGGAUGCGGGUGCUGAGGCUGUGCUGCCUGUCCAGGGGGUCACCCACGUUCUCGGGCUAUGUGCCCUUACUGGCAGCAGGCCUGGGAGGCCAUGCUGGAGGGCUGGGCACCAGG